UUUGAGCUUUAAAGGUGUAUGAUUUUCAUAAUUAAUAUUCAUAAAUACUAGGUUUCGAAUAUCCAACUCUUUUUCUUUUUUUUUUCUUUUUUUUGUAUGAAAUUUAGUAUAAGAACCAUAUUUUCAAUUUUAAUUUAGUAAUUAUACAAGGUAAACAAUUAUUUUACAUUUAUAUAUUUAUCCUAAAAUGAAUCACAGGCAUUCUCUCCCCCUCCUUCCUUUUUAAUAUAGCAACAAACUAAUAAUAUUUUCAGUUAUAUAAGUUCAUCAUCAUGCUGAUGGGUUUAGAAAUAAAUCAUUUCCUUGCUUUAAUGACUGGAGUUGCAGCAGAAUAGCAACAAUCAAAGAUUACUGGAUGAUGAGAAUAAAGUGGUAAAUCAUAAUUGAUGAUGGGGAGAAUCACCAAGUAAAUAUAGUACAAGUAAAGCUCCCAUCUCCUAGAUUCAAUCAAUAUCCAAGCUCUAUAACCAAAGUCAAAUCAAAACAUUGUGUCCUCUUCCAGAAAAUAAAAGGUUUGGAAUGUCUGAAGCUUUCUUUUGAAGUCUUUUUCACUGAAGUCCGAGCUAGAAGGUGUUCUAGUACUAAUUGUUUUAAGAGUCACUCUAGUGUAACAAUGAAAAAGGAACAAUACGACGGAGAUUAAAAGAAUAAAAGAAUAAUCAAGUAAUAAUUAAGAAAUAUGUAGUUAGACUUGAAACAUAUAUGAACACUUUUUAAAAAAAGUUAUAUUUGCAUAAUCUUUAUCAUAAUAUUAUUAACUGGCUUAAGAAUGUUUAGUCUUUGAUCACUUGGAGGUUUAGAGUUUGGAUUCUUUUUAUAAUAAAAAUCUUAUUACAAUAUAUAACUGAUAUCUAGUUUCAGAUAUUGAAGUGUAUAAAUUUUUUAGGAGGAAACAACUAAAUUUCACAGAAAAAUUUAAAUAAAUAUUGUUUAUUUAUCGGACUGUAGGACCAACUGGUAUUUCGUUUAUAUUUGUAACCGAUUCUAACAAUCUUUAAAAAAAUCUUAAAUUAAAUAAAAUUAUAAACCGGUCAAUUGGUCACUGAAGCAAUAUGAUAGCCAAAUUUUUUUAUUUUUUAUUUUUUUUUAUGUUGGCAUUGAACCUAUCAAGAUAGGUAAUAAAGUAGGCAUAAAAGAUGGCUAACCACACAAGAGAGCAAUUACCUUGGCAAGUUUUGCUAGACAUUCUGCCACUGGCAAUCCUUAAACAUAACAAAAAAGGAGAUGCCUCCUGACUCUUGAGCGACCAUUAUAAUAUCUUUCAUGAUGGAAACUACCAUGUUAUUGAUUAAAUAUUUUCAAACUACAAGAAGACAAUUAGAAUCAUGUUCUUGCUACACAUUAAUUAUGUAUAUGUUUCAUAUACUUGACUCUAUUUGGUUUCUUUAUACUAUAAAAUCCCUCAAAAGACUAAAACUUAAUUAGGUCAACAUAAUAUAGUAAAAUUAAAUACCCAAAAAAUCUGUUUCUUCAAUCCUUUUUAUUUUUAUACAUUUACUGCAUUUGCCAUCUAUGCAGCAGGAAAACAGAAAUUCUGUGAAAGUUAGAAAUGCAAAACAUACUUAGUUAAAACAUUAUUUCAAGUUAAAAUAUAUACCUACUGUCAGAUUAAGCUUAAGCUUAUGGCUGCAAAAGAAAUGGUCAGCUUUGAUGUUAAUUAAGAUGGGAUCUUGUAGCAGGAUGUAAACCCCAAUCUAACUUGAACUUUAAGACACUAACAAAAUCAAAUCAUGAUUAAGAGACUUACUUUUGUCACAAAAUCAGUAUACAUAUUGACAACUAAAGGAUAAUAGCCAACUAAGGAUCAAAAGAAUUGGCCAAAAAGAAAAAAGGGUUUAGCAAUUUAAUUAAGAAAUUAGAAUAAUUUGUUGGGAGGAAGGUAUCCAUUGGUUGGACAUGCAAUUAAGCAAGGAAGCCUUUUGUUUUUGGGCUGUCUCUGUUUGUAGAUUCACUCCCUUCUACACGUAUUCUUCUUCCUUUCCCUUUAUCCCAUGCACUCAUAUAAAAUCUUCACUCACUUCUAAUGGCUUUUCACUUCAUGUAUACACUAAGCUGCAGAGGGCACAUGGCUCAAAAUCCCAGUUUGCUUCUGCUUGCUCUCUUCUUCAUCUUCUUUACUAUUACAUCAGGGCAAAAUGCUUCAAGUACAAAAACUUUCACAUUGCUUAAUAACUGCAAAGAGACAAUUUGGCCUGGAAUAAUAACAAAAGGUAAUGACAGUGAUGGGAAAGGUUUUCCCCUGAAGCCUGGCCAAACCAAUCUUCAUUAUGCACCAAUCGGCUGGAGUGGUCGUAUAUGGGCUAGAACUGGUUGUAAUUUUGAUAAAAAUGGCACUGGUACAUGUCAAACAGGCAGUUGUGGCGCCUAUCUGAAUUGUUCAGGACCAAGUAGCCCACCUAACACAAUUGCUGAAUUCACCCUUGGAGAUAAUGACUUUUUCGAUAUUAGCCUUGUGAACGGGUUUAAUUUGCCUGUAGUGAUUUCACCUCUUAACAGUAAAGGAAAUUGUAGCAUUGCUGGUUGUGAUGGAGAUUUAAGGCAGAAUUGUCCGCCCGAGCUCUCCGUCAGGUCCGAUGGGAAGGUCAUUGCUUGCCGGAGCGCGUGCGACGUGUUCAACACUGAUGCGUACUGUUGUAGAGGAGCAUAUAGUGAUCCUGAGGCAUGUGCACCCUCAAACUAUUCAAGGAUUUUUAAGCAAGUCUGCCCUGCAUCGUCUAGCUAUGCAUUUGACAGGGAUGCUACAAGCAUCAUAACGUGCUCUGCAUCAGAUUAUGUUGUUGCCUUUUGUGCAUCAAGGAAUCAGACUUUCUGUUCUUACCAUGACAAUGAGGUUCAGUGCAAUACAUCAGCAAAUGACUCAAAAGCACUUCUGCCCCAUGGCUGGUGGAUUCUGAUGGUGACAUUGCCUUUGGCAUUUAUUUUGCAAACCAAGAUUUAGCAGUCCCUGCAAUUCUGUAUAGUGUGUUUCUCAAUCUUCAACUGAAAUUGGGUUUUUCCUGUAUGUUGUUUUCUUUUUAUUUCUUUCGUUUUUUUUUUUUCUUUUUUGAUUGAUUUUUUCAAAUGCGAACAAGUUCAUCAGAACAAAUUUUUCUUUGAUUUUCUCA